CGGAGCGCGCGCUGCCCGCGGCGACUGAGGCUGGAGGCGGAGGGCUGCGACCCCCGCGCUCUCUGCCUGGGACUCUAGAUCCAGGCUCCGCCGCGGUGCAGGAGAGCCCAGCACCCUCUGGCCCCACAGAAGCAGCCAACAUGCCUAUCUCCAAGUGCCUACAAAAGUCAGGGCCCUUGUGGAAGGAGUGGGACCGAAAAGCCCAGAAGAAUGGACUGAGGCACCAGGUGUACGCUGUCAAUGGUGACCACUACGUGGGUGAGUGGAAGGACAACAAGAAACACGGGAAAGGAACACAGGUCUGGAAGAAGACAGGAGCCAUCUAUGAGGGGGACUGGAAGUUCGGGAAGCGAGAUGGCUAUGGCACCCUCAGCCUUCCUGACCAAGAGACCGGAAAGUACAGGAGGGUCUACUCAGGCUGGUGGAAAGGCGAUAAGAAAUCUGGCUAUGGGAUCCAGUUUUUCGGACCCAAGGAGUAUUACGAGGGUGACUGGUGUGGCAACCAGCGCAGCGGGUGGGGCCGCAUGUACUACAGCAACGGCGACAUCUACGAGGGCCAGUGGUGUAACGACAAGCCGGAUGGAGAGGGCAUGUUACGCCUGAAGGAACCGCUACGAGGCUCCUGGAAGAGAGGCAUGAAGAAUGGGUCGGGGCGUUUCUUCCACCUGGACCACGGUCAGCUGUUUGAAGGCUUCUGGGUCGACGACGUGGCCAAGUGUGGCACAAUGAUUGACUUUGGCCGCGAUGUGGCCCCCGAGCCCACUCAGUUCCCCAUUCCUGAGGUCAAAAUUCUAGACCCUGAUGGCGUGCUGGAGGAAGCCUUGGCCAUGUUUAAGAAGAUCAAGGAAGGAGAUUGAUGCCAGAGUGAACAUCAGCACUUCAGAGGAGAAAUUCAGACGGGAGUCACCCAACUGCUCGGACGGGUGCAGCUCCUGCUGGAGAAGCAAAUGCAACUUGGAUACACCCUUGGCACUCUCAGCGGGGACCUCACAUCUCCCAGCACUAGAUCAUUCCUUACCAGUAGGAGGCCAGUGCUUCUCUCCCCAGCUGGCCUCGGGACCCUCCUAUUUCAGCCUUUACUCUUGGACCAUCCCUGAGCACGUGAGAAUAAAGGAGAACCUGGUGGUGUGAGUCGGGGGCCUGUGGUAUGUGGGGCUAGGAGUGCGGAGGAGCCUCAGGAAGGAUUUCAGGUAGAGAAGAGGAAAAACAUCCCAAUGGGCUGCAUGGACUUACCUUGAGGCAGAAAGGGGAGGUGCCUGCAGGUCUCAGAUCUCUUAGAUAUUCCAAGGAGACAGAGCCUGCAUCUGGUUACACUGGUUCACUAAGAUUUGGUAUUAAAACUUGACCUGGCUUCUCAGCCUAACACAGAGGCGCUCAACCUUGAAAUCCCGUGGGAGCUUUAAAAGCUGGGAAUGCCCAGAUCCCAAGCCCGGAGAAUCUCAUCUGUCUGGGGUGAGGCCUGGGCCUUCAGAAAGUCCCCAGCUGAUUCUAAUAUGCAGCUGGGGCUGAGAACCUCUGACUUAUUGACUCUGUGACCCUAAGCAAGAAAUCUUAGUUGCCCAUCUGUAAAAUGGGACUUCAGAGAUCUCACAGGGUGUGUUUUGAAGAUUUGCUAGCAGAUCUAAUAACAAACAUGUACUGAGGUUAGUUGUGAAGCAGAUUUCUGGGACGGGCUUUGCAUAAUUCUAAUCUAGACAACAUUCCUGCAAGAUAAGAGGGACUCUUACGUAAUAGGUAGGAACAGCAGCUCUGCAGUCGGACUGCCUGUGUGAUUUAUUAGCUGUGUUCUUGAGUAUGUCACCCAACCUCUCUAUUCUCCAGAUUUCCUUCCCUCUAAUAUGGGACAAUAACAGGGACUUACCACCUGGAGUUGUUGUGGUUACUGGAAGGAAGAAAUAAGGUGGGGUUCUAAUCUGAGGGUGAUUUUGUCCCCCUUUCUUCCCUGGGGUCAUUCUGACAAAGUCUGGAGUCAUUUUUAGUUGUCACAACUGGCAGGGAAGAAUGCUACUGGCACCCAACAGGUAGAGGUUGGGGAUGCUGCUAAACAUGUUAUAAUGUAAAGAAUUAUUCAGCCCAGCUUUAAUAGUUUAAUACCAUGAAAUCACCCUGAAAUGCUAUGUUCUUAAAACCCUCAGCAAGUGCCCAACAUGUAGUGACAGGCUCAGUAAACGUUCACUGACACUACUGAGGUUCUCUCUGCCAUCUAAAUCCUAAGUGGGUGGCCUGACCCACAGCAUGGCUCUCAGUCUGUACCUCUGAAGCCAGGAAGCUGAGCCUGGCUGCCUCAGGAUGCAGAACGAACCAGCUACGGAGCCAGGCCCUGUGCUGACAGCUUUACACAUGUGUUUUCCCAUGACCCCUCAACAGCCUACAAGAUGUCCUCCUGUUAUUGGUGCCAUUUUAGAGGAGGAAACUGAGGUUCAGGGAGACUCACAAGUUACCAAACUAGAAAGUGUACUUAAACUUAGGUCUGUCUACUCUUAAGGUGCGGAACAGUGGCAAUGCAUAUAGAAGACUACCAUUUUUUUUUUUUCAGAAAAAUGUAGGGUGUGUGCUUGUUUAUGUAUAAAUCUGUCUAGAUGGGAACAAAAUAAACCAGCAACAAUGGUUAUCUCCAGGAACAACUGGGAACCUGGGAACAGGGGAGAAACAGCAAUUUUUCACUGUUGUAUUUGGAAUUUGUAAAUGUAUUAUCUAUUCAAAGCAUAAA